AUGGGGGACCUUUUAGCAUGGUGGAAACGGAAAGGGAAGAAUUUAACCUUUUCAACUGUGUGGCUUUGUGGCUUUAUUCUGAUCCCAUAUGCUGUCUGGAUGGAGAGAAAUGCUAGAUAUCAUGAUGGUGCAGCUCUUCAUUAUAAACAUAUUUUUGCUCGAGUGAAAGGAGAAAUUUGUAUGAUUUCUAGUGUACAUCUUGGGAAACCCCUUUCCAUCCCGGAUCUGAUAUGUGCUAGAAGAAUAGGAAUUCCUCGGGUAACAAGAACUCGUAGAGAGAUUAUUGAAGUUCGAUGGUGUCUCCCAUUUCCAGGAUGGAUUAAGCUAAACACUGAUGGAUGCUCCUUGGGUAAUCCAGGGAAGGCCGGAGCAGGCGGGAUUUUCAGAAACGAGAAGGGGGACAGCCUUUUGAACUACAGAGAAUAUGUCGGUAUCAGAACAAAUUUUGAAGCGAAACUUUUGGCAGUGAUCGCUGGUCUUGAACAGGCAAAGAUAAAUGGUUUUCAGCAUCUUUGGAUUGAAUGCGAUUCUACGGCAGUGGUGACGCAUUGUUACCGGGAGGCAAAUGUGAUUGCUGAUUUUUUGGCAAAGUCAUCAGCGAGAUUUGAAGUGUCGUAUCCAGUGGAAGCUUGGCCUCGGUUGGUUUCAAUGGAAUUGGAAUUGGAUGCUAACCAGCAUCCAAGAUAUCGCUUUAUGAACUUAUAG